AUGCUGUACUUUAUUCAGUUCAAGAAUAGGAUCGGCAAAAAUGCUACAACUAGACGUUACUUAGAUGUGCAAAACAAACGAAGUUCAAUGAUAGACAGUUCUAUUAUAACGACGAUGCUUUUAUUUGCAUCACUUCAAACAAUUGUGUAUAUCGAAUUAGACGUCGACGAGCAUUCUGUCUAUCAUUCUUUAGAUUGGCAAUCAAUUCUUUCCGAUAAUCGUCAACCAAUGUCAAAUCAUAAUUGCUACUCACAUCGUUCCUCGCUCGUAAAUACUGAUCGUCCAGAAUCUGCAACGGCUCCGUUUCGAAUAUCUCCACCAGUCGUUUUUUUCCAUGAUGGCAUCACAACCAGUGAAAUCGAUCUACGCAUUAUGGAUGCACAACGGCGUGCGCGUGCAAUCGCAACAGCUCCACGACGAAAUCGAUAUGAUGAUAAAGACGACGAUGAUGAUGCUCAUAGUUCAAACAAAACGCUGUUCGGCUUUAGUAAAACACCGGCUGUUCCAAUCCUCCAUCAGCCUUUGGCUUCCCAAGCUCAAUCCCUGCCUCAAACGCAAUCGGGCAUGAAUCUGAUACCAAGUCCUCGUGCUAUUCCACCAGCUCGAGAAGAUAGUGACGAACUCGAUUAUCUCUUCAGUAUUACGUCACGUCGAAAUCGAUGUUCGUCUGGACCAUUACCUUAA